AGCAUACGUCGCAGCUGGUUCUGUUGACAAGCAUCUUUAUCGGACUUCGAUUUCUAUUACUAUCACGUAUAGUCACUUGACGUGAACCCCGUUCUCACAUCAUUGGACUUGAAACCAACUCAACCAUGUCCCAAACAUCACAGGACACCGUCACACUCGCCGAUUACGUCUUCGCAAGGCUUCAUCAACUUGGCAUUCGAUCCGUAUUUGGUGUUCCUGGCGACUAUAACCUUCGACUUCUGGACUUUGUCGAACCUGCUGGCUUGCACUGGGUUGGCAAUUGUAAUGAACUGAACUCCGCAUACGCCGCUGAUGCUUACGCUCGUAUUCAUGGCGUAAGUGCUCUUGUCACCACGUUUGGUGUGGGAGAGCUCUCCGCUGUCAACGGUAUUGCGGGGGCCUAUGCGGAGAAGGCACCCAUCAUAUCCAUCGUUGGUACUCCAGCUCGAGCAACUCAGGAAGCUCGUACCAAUGUACACCAUACGUUCGCCGACGGCGAUUUUGAUCGCUUUGCAGCCAUGCACACUCAUGUGACCAUCGCUCAGACGAACCUCUUGGAUCCUCGUACCGCUCCCGAGCAAUUCGACGUGACUGUGCAGCAGGCCCUGAUUCACAGUCGACCGGUGUAUGUUCAGAUUCCAGCUGACAUGGUGGAUGUGAAGGUGUCCGCGGCUGGCCUCAAGUCUGAGAUCUCACUACCGGCAAUCGCAACUGGAGACAACGAGUCGAAGGUUACUGGUCGUGUGCUUGAACUGAUGCACUCUGCCAAGAAACCACUAGUCUUUGUAGAUGGUGAGAGUAGAUGUCUGGAUAUCGUGGACGAGAUCAACGAGCUUGUCAAAGUCACGGGGUGGCCUGUUUGGACCUCGCCAUUUGGUAAGGGCUUGGUUAACGAACACUUGGAGAGCUUCCAGGGUAUUUAUAACGCCGACCUGGGUAGCAAAGGCGCGAAGGACUAUUUUGAGUCAGCAGAUCUCGCUUUGGUGUUCGGACCUCAUUUCAGCAGCACCAACACAGCAUUGUUCUCGACCAUACCGAAACAGGCAAAUUCUGUUUCCUUCUCCGAACGUCAUGUCAAGAUCGGGACCGAGCUCACUCGCGAUGUUUCGAACAAGAAACUAGUAGCAGAAUUACUGAAACAGCUGGACCGCAGCAAACUCUCGAGACCUGAGACUCCCUCAAAUUCUGGUCCGGCACAACCUUCCACCGAGCCAUCUGGCCUACUUACUCAAAAAGAUUUCUAUAGAUUUAUCAACCCCUUGCUGAAGCCUGGUGACAUCGUCAUGGGCGAGACUGGUACCGCUUCUCAUGGUACUCGUGAUCUCAUAUUGCCUACUGGAAGCGUCUACUUCACCGCAGUCACUUGGCUUAGCAUUGGGUACAUGCUUCCAGCCGCACUUGGAGCCGCAAUGGCACAACGCGAUUCGGAGAAAUGGAAGAACAGGUCCGGCAGCAACAAGGGUGGCGAAGAUCGCGUAGUCCUCUUCAUCGGCGAUGGAAGUUUACAGAUGACUGUGCAAGAGAUCAGCACCAUGAUUAGAGAAAAGCUGAACAUAGUCAUCGUCGUCAUCAACAACGACGGCUACACAAUCGAGCGCGUGAUUCAUGGACGCAAGCAGACCUAUAACGACAUUGCGUCUUGGAGAUAUCUGCAAGCACUCAACAUGUUUGGCGCCACCGAAGAAGAAGUUGCCAACAACACGUUCUCUGCACAGACCUGGGGUGGGCUGAAAGAAGCGAUGGAUUCAGAGACACUCAAGAACGGUAAAGGAGUCAGAAUGCUUGAAGUGUUUAUGGAGCGUGAAGAUGCUCAGGGUUUCUUGUUGAAACUUUUGAACAACCAGAAAGCUCGCGAGUCAUCAAAGAUGUAAAUAUCGUGCAACUUAUAUACGUAUAUACGAGAUCAUGCAAGAAGUGAAUCAUCCUGAGGCAGGAGCC